AUGUUCCCCCAAACCAAGAUCCUGACUCUCUUCACCAUCUGGACGCUCUGGCAGCUCCAGCUGGCUGCCGGCAGUUUCGUGCAGUUCUACGAUAAACCAUCACACCUGGGAUUUGCCCUGUCAACAUACACCAACAGUACUAGUAAUGGGUCUGGCACGGGCUCCGACCAAAAUGAAUUGCUGUUCCAAUUAUCUGUGCCCUCGAGUGCCGGGUGGGGUGCCAUUGGCACGGGCGACAAGAUGGAUGGCUCAUUGAUGUUCAUCCUCUAUCCUUCCACCGAUUCAGAUGGUAAACAAGUCAUGCUGUCCGCCGAAGGAGGAAAAUUGUUGCUGAUUGUCACAGAAGCUACAGUGAGCGUCCGAACUGGACGUGGCCAUGAUACACCUGAAGCUUUCGAUGGACUUCAGUACCGCGUUCUAAAGACCUCCGACGACGGUUCAAGUUUGACAGCCGACAUCCAAUGCUUCAACUGCACCCAAUACUCGGGAAACUCGAUUGACAUAACCUCCACUGAACAACCAUGGAUCUGGGCCAUUGGCCCUGGGGAUCCUGUCAGGUCAAAUUCUCAGAAUGCUGACAUCAAGCAACAUUCUCACUAUGGAGUUUUCUUCACCAACAUGAACAAGGCCCGGGGCACAGCUGCCAGUGUGCCCUCAGUCACUGGCACCUCCAACAUCAACACAACGGCACAACCCGGGUACAUCAACGACCUUGUCGUCCUGCAUGCUAUCCUGCUCGGUGUGGCUUUUGUCAUUGCAUUUCCACUAGGUGCUGUCUCGUUGAGGGCGUUUCGUUCCUUCAAGAUCCACUGGAUUGUACAACUUUUCACUUCAGUCGCAUGUCUCAUUGGACUUUGCGUCGCGAUCCCCCUCAGUGCUCUCGGUGUUGAAUGGGCCGACUUUAACUUCGCGCACCAGAUCAUUGGCAUCGUGAUUGUUGUGCUAGCGUUUGUCCAAGGCAUGCUGGGCUACCGACACCACAUGAACUACAAAAAGUUCAAAGGAAGAACAGUGGUGUCGUACGUACACAUCUUGUUCGGGAGAGGGAUCAUAUGGUUCGGGAUGCUGAACACCGUGUUGGGCUUCCUUUUGGCUGGUUCCAACAGCAAGGCAGCCGGUGCAGGGGUUGUCUCGAUAAUUGUGAUCCUCCUGAUGGAGGGGGCGCUGUUCUGGACCCGUCGACGUGCUCUUUCAAAGUCUAACUCUUCCAGCACGACCAAUGUGCCACUUACCACCAUGCUGGAUCCGAACAGGGUGUGGGAGUGA